AUGCCCCCCAAGCGGCAGGAAGACUCAGGCGGCUCUUCCGGCAGCGGGCGCGUGCCGCACCCCGCACCCGUGCGCGCGCGCCCACUCGCCACAACCUGCAGUCAAAAGCCGGACCCCGCACCCUGCGCCAGCGUGCGGGCAACGCGCAGCAGCAAGCGCUCCGUCUCUGAGCGCGAGGCGCAGCCCGCGCCAAAGAGGCCUCGAUCCGACAAGGGCAAGAGCAAGCAGCGGAGCAUGGACACUACAUCUGAGAGAGCGGACGAGCCUGCUGGUGACGCGCCUCGGCGCGGAAACGAGGCUGCCGCCUCGAGCAGUGGCGGUGGCUCUUCGCACGAGCCGAGCGCGGCGCAGCAGCGCGCCGAGGCGCGGCAGGCGGCGCUCGAGGCGGCCGAGCGCGAGGCGCUCGAGAUGCUCGACGAGUCCUCCGCGCGUGCGCGCGCCGGUGCGCCGUCCUGGGGCGGGCCGUCCCACGCGCUGCAGGGUCUCCUCCGGAAGCUCGGCGCCGGUCUGGACGACCUGCUUCCGAGUGCGUCGUCGCACGGGCGACUCAAGACGAUUCUCGCUGGCCUCAAGGGCCCCGACGAGAGCAUGCAGCUCGCGUCGCUCACCGAGCUCUGCGAGGUGCUCUCGAUUGGGACUGAGGAGUCCAUGUCCUCGCUGUCCGUCGACGUCUUCACGCCGCUGCUGAUCUCGCUGCUGCGGCAGGAGCACAACCCAGACAUGAUGCUGCUCGCCUCGCGCGCACUGUGCCACCUCAUGGACGCCAUCCCCUCCUCCUCCGCCGCCAUCGUCCACUUCGAUGGCGUGCCUCUCUUUUGCGAGCGGCUCCUGUCGAUCGAGUACAUUGACCUGGCGGAGCAGGCGCUGCACGCGCUGGAGAAGCUGUCGCAGGAGCACCCGCUCGCAGUCCUCCGCGCCGGCGGCAUGCUCGCCGUCCUGCAGUACGUCGACUUUUUUGCGAUGGGCGUGCAGCGGCGCGCGGUCGCCACGGCGGCAAACAUGUGCCGCGGCUUGCCGGUCGAGUGCGCGCACUUGGUGGCGGAUUCGGUGCCGUUGCUCUCCAACUUGCUCUCCCACCACGACCAGAAGCUCCUCGAGAACGUCUGCCUCGCCUUCGCGCGCCUCGCCGAGGCGUUCUCCUACUCGGCGCCGCAGCUCGAGAUGCUGGCCGCGCAGGGCCUCCUCCCGAACGUCCUCCGCCUGGUGGGUGGCAUGGCGUCGCCGGGCCAGUCCGACGCCCCGGUGGCGGUGUCGGACGCGACGUACACGAUGCUGCUGCGGAUGCUGGCGACGCUCUGCCACGGUUCGGCCUCGCUGUGCAAGCAGCUGCUGCAGCUCGACGCGUCGUCGACCCUGCACGACGUCCUCUCCGCCGACGCCACCGCCUCGCAAGGCAGCGGCUUUGCCGCCGCAAUCUCGCGGCCGCACGACCAGUUGUACCAGGUGCUCGCGCUCGCGCACGAGCUGCUGCCGCCGCUCCCAAAGGGGUCGCCCUUUUCGGCGGGCGCGGCGCGGCUGCUGGCGCCGAAGCGGCGCUCCAAGCGGAACCCGGAGGGCGAAGCUGCGCCGGUGGCCGACAGCAGCGCCGGCGAGCGAACGCCCACCGAGCGCGAGCAGGCGCUGCUCGACCAGCCCGAGCUCGUGGAGCUCUACGCGAGUCGGCUCUUUGCGCUCUUCAUGCACGUCCACUCGGGUGCGGUCAACGCGAGCGUGCGCUCCAAGUCCCUCUCGUGCAUGGCCAAGGUGCUGCACUUUUACCCCGCCGCCGGCUUGCGCGACAUGGUCCGGAGCCACGCCAUCGCCGCCUUCCUCGCGCCGCUCAUCACGUCGCAGGAGCACGCGUCGGCGCUGCUCGCCCUCCACAUGGCCGAGAUCCUCAUGACCAAGCUCCCCGCCGUCUACACGGACAAGUUCCUUCGCGAGGGGGUGUUUGACGCCGCCGGCCGCCUUGCGGCACAGGCGCCGCCCCCCGCAGCCGCCGGCACGGCCGCCGCCACCGCCGCCGCCGCCGCCACCGCUUCAGCAAGCGCGACCGCGGCCGCGGUGCCAUUCUCAAGUGCUUCGGGCGGAGCCUCGAGCACGCCGAGCCGGCCCACACCGCCGCCUUCGGCCGCCGCGCCGCCGCCCAGCCAGGCGCCGCGACGCACCUCACGGCACGGGCGCCCGGCGGACGCCGACGAUGCCGCCGCCUCCUCCCUUUCAUCCGCCACUUCCGCCGCCGCCGCCGCCGCCGCCGCAGCGGCGGCGAUGCCGCCCCCGGCGGAGCGGCAGCCGGCGGACCGGCGCCGCUCGUCGGCUGCCUCGACCGCGUCCAGCGGCGCGCGCGCUGAAGCGGCCGCGGCGCCGGCGCCGAUGCCGCCUCCGGCGCCGCGGCUGCCUCACCUGAGCUCGGCUGCGCUGGCCGCGCAGGAGGUUGCAGCGUCCGUCGCCUCGCGCGCGGCGCGAUUCCACGAGAUGUUUGUUUCGAGCAACCCGACUCUCGCGGCGGCGGUCACGUCGGGGGAGGGAUCGGCCACGUUGCGCAAGCUGCGCUCGCUCGCCACCUCACUCUCGGACGAGUCGCUGUACUCGACCGUCAACCCGAAGGUGCCGCUCGCCGGGUCGUGGACGACCUUUGCGGACGUGCGCGCGUUGCGGCAGCUCGCGUCGCUGCUCGACGAAGUCGGCGACGGCGUCUCCACCUUCGAGCUCGCGAAGUCGGGCCUCGUCGAGGCGUUGCUCACCUACCUCACGGACGCGGACGCUGUGC